AUGAGGAAACAGACAUUCGGGGUAGCAGAUGGCGUCAGUUCAUGGGUGAAGAAGGGGAUAGACGCGGGUGAAUACGCGAGGGAACUUAUGGAAAAUGCUAUAUUUGCAAUUGAAGAUAAGCCUGAGGGAGGUGUUAAUCCAAUGGCGGUGCUAAAUGAAGCUUUCCUAAAUACUGAGGCCCAAGGAUCAUCAACAGCUUGCAUUUUGACGCUGAAAGGCGAUGUUUUGCACGUAGUGAACAUUGGAGAUAGUGGGUUUGUGGUGAUACGAGGCAGGAGAACCAUGUAUAAAUCACCGGUGCAACAUUGGGGGUUUAACUGUCCAUUUCAGCUAGGGAAUUGGAGAUCAAAUAAUCCUAGUAUGGCUGAGGAGCUUAAAGUUGGUGUUAUACCAGGAGACAUAGUUGUAGUUGGAACUGAUGGAUUGUUUGACAACCUCUACGAUUCCAAAAUUGAGGAGUUGGUGAGCCAGGGAAUUGACCAGGGCAAUUUUCCAGCAGAACUGGCUUCCACUAUAGCCAAGUUUGCUCUCACUAACUCUAUGGACAGGUAUGCUGUUUGUCCUUUUACCAUAGCUGCGCAAGAAGCCGGACUUAAAUUCACAGGAGGCAAAAUCGACAACAUAACUGUGGUUGUAGCGUACAUUAGAUAUCCAGACUAGGAGUGAUCGUUGUUUUGAACCUUUCGACACCUAUCUGCACAAAUUAGUAUUCAGCAAUGGAAGCGGACGUUGGUUUAAGUUGCGUAUUAGAAUCAAUUUAUCCAUGAAGAUUGGAUCUUCAUGCUAAGAAAUUGUAGUUUUUGAAAGUUGUUGCAUGUAAUUGUACGGAUUAGCUUCAUGAAUGAAUCAGUUGGUUUUGAAAUGAUGUAGUACUAGUAUAAGAUUACAUUCAGUCUUGUAAAUUAUUGAUGCAAUGUGUAUGAUU